UUCAUUUCUGGUUUUCUAGUUGAUUUGUUGUGUGGUGAUGUAGCCAGAGAUGUGUUUGAUGGUUGAGAUAACAUAAUGCUGUUUAAUUGAUUGUCAAUUAACUUUGGUUUGUCUUGUAGGAGGGGCUUCUGGUAUAAAGGAAGGAGGCAGAGGCCCCCUGGGGAGAACAGCUUGGGCCUGGAAGUGCACAUGUGCUGGAGCCCAAUAGUCAGGGCUGAUAUAGGUUUUGUUUUGCGUAAUCUCAGUUUGUAAUGAUAAUUUGAAUAGUAUAUACUUUUCUCGUUGUUUGUUUUUGUUAAUUUUUGAUAUAUUUUUACAAUACCUCACUUGCACAACUGCACUUUCCACGCAUCUGGUUUAAAAAUAAAUUGAAGCACCAGGUGAAGAACUCAUGUCCAUGUCUCCUCCUUCCACCAUGGGGCUAAACCUUACACAGAGUUUAACAACGUAUACACAGUUGGUUAUGUCUGCAGUUUGUUAUAUGUAGUAAUAUUAUCUAACAGUGUAGAGGUUCAGUCUGUGCAAAAAUUUGAAUAGUGCAAAUGACAUGUUUGUUAAGUACUGUGAAUAUGCAAAAGGUGUGAGUGAGUGAACUGUUUCCUAUAUAAAAAUUGGGAUUUCUUUUGGUCUAAUUUUAGUCUCUCAUUUGCCAUCUGUUUAGUUUGGGUUCUCUCAGUAAAGACCUUUGAUGUGGUUGUUACUUAGUCUUUAGCUACUAGUAAUGGGUUUCUGUCAUGUUAAGUAAUGCUCUUUUUUUUAAAGCUUUUCUGUUAACCUUUAUACUGUAGUUUGUCACACAUUCUCCUUUAGAGCAUUUGUAUGUAUGUAAAAUGUAUAAUUGUAAAGAACAUAUGACCUGCUCUUUGUAAAGGUGUCCAGGAGUCAGUAAAUAUGUCCAAAGCAUCUACUUCCCGUUUCUCAUUUUUUUUUUUUUUUUUUUUUUUUCCCUUAGUCUUAAAAUGAAUGUAUUUCCUUCGAUUUCACCCUGUCAUUUCUGUCUUACUUGAUAAUAAAAGAUGCUUGUGUGCUUUUGUUUCGGUGUGCAGUACUGUUGCAUGUUUCUCCUCAGUAGUGUUCUUAGUACUGUGCCAAAAGUUGUCAUACAUCUUAACUAGUACAUUUCAAAUUGUGACAGAACAAAUAAGAGAGCAAAUAGAGAACUUUCCCAGGGAAAUACUGUAUGUGUACAAUACUAUUGCUUUUGGCAUGGUACUGAGAACACUACUGAAGAGAAAUAUUAUUGUAGGUAUUACGCUUCUCUUAUUUUCCGUUAUUAUCUGGCAACACUUCUGUGCUUAAUCCCCCCCCCCUUCCAAUUCUAACUUCCUCACUAUGACUAAAUACUCGAAACCAGUUAGCGUUCGGUCACUUCUCAGUGCCACAGUCACUGUGUUUCUUUUUUCUGUGUUACUCUGGCAGGCGCAAUGAAAGGAGGAUUACAGGUGCUGCUCCUGGCAGUGUUCAUGCUCCUGGCAAGAUGUCAAAAUAUAAAAGUUUCUAUGUAUCCCCCAUUCAAGGAGGUCUUUUCUGGGGACUCAUUUUAUUUGCACUGUGAGAAAAGUACAAGUGGGAACACAGUGAAAUGGUACAUGAACAACACCGAACAACAGUGGACAAACGAAAUCCAGAAGAUAGAAGUUGCUGCCCCCGAGCACACAGGCUUGUAUCGAUGCGAGGUCAAUGGGCAAAAGAGUGAAAUCUUUAACAUCAGCGUCCUGGAAUACCUUCCCAUUGCCUCACUCGUCAUCAAGACGGGUCUGCCAGUGAUGCAGACUGGAGGUUCAGUUGUCCUGGAGCUUGAAAAUGAGGAUGGUCUGCAGGGAUGGACCUGCUGGGUUUACAGGCCAAGUAUAAAACAGAUAAGAAGGAUUGCGUUGAAGCUGAAGAACGACAGUGUGAAUCUGGCCUUUCAAACCUACAGACUGGUUGUCCCUGAGACCAUUUUCUGGUGUACUGAUAGAAAUCAAGACCACAGGAGUAACCAAAUCACAGUCAGGACCUCAGGCAAGGCCAUAGCUCUGGAAAUGGAUCCCCUGCCUGCUCUAGCUGGGGGUAGUAUCACGCUAAAAUGCGUUGCCUGGGGCACAGAUAAAAUUAGCCGUGCUGUUUUCUACAAAAACAAUACAAUCCUUCAGGACAGCCAAAGUUCUACAUACACAAUCAGUUACUUGACAGAAAAGGUAAACGGGGAUUAUAAGUGUAAUGCCACCUACAAACACGUGGCCAGCACUGGAGGGCCCCCAUACGAAGAGGUCUCUGAUAAUCAAGACCUGUUUGUCCAAGAGCCUCCUAUGAAACCGGUGCUCAGCAGCAUGACGUGUUCUUGUCCAGGUUGUCCCAGUGAUGCCAAAUAUCGUUGGUACAACAUGGAUCAUAAACAACUGACACAUCUAGAUUUCGAAACAAACUACAUGAAGCCAGAUGAGAGUGGUACUUAUGCAUGUCAAGCUAUGUGGAAAAACAUGAGGACUCGUCUCAGCAACACUGAAGUUUAUCACCAUCAGAUCGAUCCCACUGGAGUAGUAAUGGUAAUAGGAACGGUUGUUUUUUUCAUCUGUGCCAUGCUGUGCAUCGCAUGUGCAGCGUAUAAAUGGUAUAAGAAGAGACAUGGCACAGGAGCAAUUUACGAGGAUGUGGCCAUGAAGUCACGAGAAAAAGGUGAUGACCAAUACGAGGAGCUACAGAAGCCACGUGGUGCCCAAAAGGAGGGCGAGUACGACACCCUUCACCCGGAUGCACCAGGCAAAGAAAAGAAAGAGAGCGAAUACGAACCACUGAAGAAAGAGGAAAUGAAAGAUGGGGUGUACCACAGCCUGGGGACGGGUGGGGCAGUUGGAGGAGAUGGAGGGUAUGAAGCACUGAAGAAAGAGGGAAUGAAAGAGGGGCUAUACCAGAGUCUGGGGGUAGAAGGGGCAGUUGGAGGAGACGGAGGGUAUGAAGCACUGAAGAAAGAGGGAAUGAAAGAGGGGCUAUACCAGAGUCUGGGGGUAGAAGGGGCAGUUGGAGGAGACGGAGGGUAUGAAGCACUGAAGAAAGAGGGAAUGAAAGAGGGGCUAUACCAGAGUCUGGGGGUAGAAGGGGCAGUUGGAGGAGACGGAGGGUAUGAAGCACUGAAGAAAGAGGGAAUGAAAGAGGGGCUAUACCAGAGUCUGGGGGUAGAAGGGGCAGUUGGAGGAGACGGAGGGUAUGAAGCACUGAAGAAAGAGGGAAUGAAAGAGGGGCUAUACCAGAGUCUGGGGGUAGAAGGGGCAGUUGGAGGAGACGGAGGGUAUGAAGCACUGAAGAAAGAGGGAAUGAAAGAGGGGCUAUACCAGAGUCUGGGGGUAGAAGGGGCAGUUGGAGGAGACGGAGGGUAUGAAGCACUGAAGAAAGAGGGAAUGAAAGAGGGGCUAUACCAGAGUCUGGGGGUAGAAGGGGCAGUUGGAGGAGACGGAGGGUAUGAAGCACUGAAGAAAGAGGGAAUGAAAGAGGGGCUAUACCAGAGCCUGGGGGUGGAGGGGGCAGUUGGAGGAGAUGGAGGGUAUGAGGCCUUAGGGAAGGCAAAAGACAAAGAUUAUGAGAUAGUGGAUGAAAAGAAGCAGGAAAAGGCAGAUGAGCAAAAGACUAAGCCAUGAAAUGAAAGAUGGGUCUCAGUAUCUAAUUAAGAAAAAUUACAUUUCCCACAAACCAGCAAUAUCGGGUGAUAUUUAAAUUCAAUGAUUAGCCAAAAGUUGUUAGUGCUGUAUGGGAAAUGUAAGUAACAAAACAAAAGUCUAGAGAAGUUUAGAGAAGUGCAAGACUACCAAAUAACACAAUAAAGAAGAUCACAAUAGUUUCCAUCCAUCCAUCCAUCGUCAACCGCUUAUCCCCUUAUUAAUUAUAUUAAUCAUGUUAAUGAUAUGGAAUAUUCUGCAAAAUGUAAACUGUCAUCACAUCAGGUUACCACAACAGAAAAGUGUUCAUUUUGUGACACCAACAGUAAAAAACAACAACACAACAAAUCUAUCCGAUGUGCAAGGUUAACAAAGCCUUACUUUCAUUGAAGCGAUAAGUGGAACAAGUGGUAUUAGUUGAUCUUUAGUCAUUUGACCAAUUGUUCAGCUCUGAAGCUUAAAUUUUCUAACCCUCAUACUCAUUAUAUAUAUAUACCCCCACUAACAGAUUUACAGAUUUAUUCUUCAACUCACUCAAACUAAAAAGUGAGCUUUUUCAUAACAAUGUCUUAACAGUUCUGGGCUUUUUAUAAAGGCAGAUUGAUCAAACUUAUCAAAACCAGCUUUCAGUGAUGGGGCAAGGGUGAGCGUAUUCAUAUCUUCUAUAUACAUAUUUUCAAGCAAAAAACUAAUUUGCUUAUGUUCACUUGCUUAUGUUUAGUCAUAUUGUCACUUGUACAGACAUGGAGAAGAGUCUAUAUAUUUUUGUUUUGCUGUUUGCAAUAUACUAUUAUUUGUGCACAAAAUAAAUGGCGUAAUAUUACACAUUUCACAUUUACUAUCACAACAGAUUUUGCUUUUGCUUUCCAAUGUAAAAGCACCAUAAUCCAAUUAUAAUCCAGUGUGUAGGAUGAUCAGAUAGCAGCUUAAUUUGCAGUGUAAAUGCAGUAUCGUUAGAGAUUUCAUUUCAUGUACUGAAAUAAAUCUUUUUUGAUUAA